CGCCGCCGGAGGAGUAGCAGCCGCCAUGGCUUCGCGCAGCGCCGGGACCCUCCUGACUCAGAACAACGCGAUCUAUGUGCCGCCGGGGCUCAUGCCCGGGUACCACGGACAUGUCCCCAAUGUGGCGUUUUCCUUUGGCGACACCUACGGAAACGCCACCAUGAAAUAUUUCCAAGAUUUCCGAAGCGCUGCCAUGGAAAGCAGCUGCAGCCCUUACAGCAAAGGGGGGCAAUUCCCCACGCUUUUCUCGCCGGACCCGGGCCUGGUUCUUGGUGCGAGGGCUCGGGGCUGGGACAGGUGGCUGCACACCCCCACCUACUCUCGCUUCAAUUUGGAUUUCAACCGCUCAGAGGAACUGAAGGAGUUCUACAAGCUUGCCCAGAUGCAUCGUGAACACUACAGAGACAAGACUGGGACGGUGCACCAGGUUCCGUACUUCAUGCUGCCCGUGAAGGAGGAAGACAAGUAUCCUCACCCUCUCGAUCUGUCUGAUUCCAUUUAGCUCUUAAAAACAAACAAA